AUGGCUGGUGAGACGGAAGACGAGCGGGAUUUUCGCCUGGCGGAAUUGAAGCUGAAACAGAACAAACUCGUCUCAUCCACGGUGGCCUCGAUUGUCGCAGGCAUGAAAAAGGAAGACGUUUUGCAACCGGAUGGCUCGAAUUUCGGUCAAUGGAUCCGUGGCCUACGUGAAGUUUCUCUGACUGGUCUGUCGAGCGCGGAGUUUUUCUUCGAACCCUGUGCGAGCAAGACUUUCGAGAAGAUUGGACGAGCGGUGAUGCUUGCAAGCGUGCACUCGUCGCUGAUUCCCGAUCUUCAAUCAAUCGACACGGCACACAAGAUGUAUCUCUCCUUGAAGAAGAAAUUCAAAACUGUGUCCCGUGCAGCACAGAUGAAUAUUUGGCGGAGACUGAUGGCUUUUCGGGUGGACCCAUCGGCUCCAGGUGCCGGUAUAGCGUCGACUCUUCUCGACAUGUACUCGGAAUGGAAAUCGGUCAACGUCAGCUGCCGAGGAGACUCCUUUUUAGGUUUUAUCCUGCAGGCAGCGGUGAUGCAGUCCAAUGCUCCCUACAAGGCUGAUUUCGAAAACAGGAUCGAAAAUGCCAUUCAAUUCGACCCAAACAAGGCGUGUCCGACUUUCUCUUUCAUUUGCAACGCAUACAACAUUAGCCGGCAGCAACACCUGCAAUCAACCAGUCAAGUCGUCAGCCCGGUAGGAUCGGUCCUAUCUCCUGCAGCCCUGCUCACCUCAACAUCUUUGGAUGAAGACUUUGACGCUUCGAUUUUUCUCACUGGGGUCGACGAAGCCGACUGGUGCGAUGCUCUGGAUUUCUUCGCGCUGACGGCGGCGAAGUGCUGGUCUUGCGGCGACAACAGUCACUACCAACGUGAUUGCCCACAACGAUCCACGCUGCCGGCCAGGAGAAACCAAGGCAGUUCGCAGGCGAUCGGAACCCUGGUCGGAACAAUCUAUGGUCAACUCCCCAGCGGUUUUCAAGUCACCUCGAAUCGAUUCCCCAACUACUCAACCCGGAAGUCCCUAGCCCCCCCAUCGAACAACCAACACCGAGCAAAGCAAAUGGCCGACUACUACCGACCUCGAUACAAUCAGCACCAGCAAUCCCAGUCUCAAAGAAACUCGUCAAUGCCGUCGACCAAACCUGGGGGGGUUACGGCACAGGUCGUGGAGCUUGGGGUCCUCCCCGACGAUUUGGAUGAUUUGGAUUUCCGCACGAUGGCGCUGGGAGAAGACAUUGUGAGUGAACCUGCCGUUUUUGACACCGGAGCCUCUCACGGUUUCACCGGUUCUAAAUCCCUGCUCCACUCUUUUCGUUAUCUCUCUAAACCGAUUCCCGUUUCGGUAGCUACCAACGGUUGCGGAUCAAAGAUCACCGGGAUUGGAGACUUAAAGUUCCGAGGCCCUCAUGGCCAAAUUAUUGUGCUAAAACAUAUCCUAUACUGUGAGCAAGCCCGCGCCACGUUGAUCUCCAUGGCUGCUCUGCGAAAAGCUAAUGCAACUGUCCUCUAUGACAAUAGUGCAGAAGCUUUUCAUAUCUUUCAUCCCAAUGAGUCAAAGAUCUUCAGUUGCGUUUUCGAACCGAAAAAGAACAGAUGGUGUAUGCCUUACCCGAUGAUCAGGGCAACCACUCCGGAUAACAACACACCAAUACACCAACCACAAAGUCACCAGAAGCCGGUUGAUGUCCGACUAAUGGGACCUUCGAAGGGUGGACAUCAGUCUCUUCCGUUAUCCUCUCCCUUCCUUGCUUCGAAAGCUGUCCCGCCUAGUGAAAUUUUCAAAGAGCCAGUCGGAAAAGCCGUCAACUUCCAAUGGAAGCCUGAGUCUAUGACAAAGGAUGAGAUGUCUCUACUGUUCUGGCACCGGUUGUUUGGUCACGCAAGUCUUCGUCAUAUUCGAAGACUGAUUAAAAACAAGCUCGGCCAUGGGCUACCGGUGGUGCUACCAGCCGGUAAGAUACACUGUCCGGUUUGUGCUAUCAGCAAGAGCACGAGGAUUAAUCCUCUAGCUCCCUCCUAUCGCCCUGUCGAACGCCUUGAUAUCAUGGCAGCUGACCUCAUAGGACCUUUCGAGGUUCCAUCAAUUGAUGGUGGGAAAUAUAUUCUUACUAUGAGGGAUGAGGCAACAGGAUACUCAUUUGCCAAAGUUCUCAGUGUCAAAUCCGACGCCAACAAGAAUAUCAUUGACAUUAUUACCAGACUGGAACAACAGACAGGUAGACGUUGUUAA